AUGAGCACCCACACCCCAGUCCUCAUCAUCGGCUCCGGGCCCGCCGCCCACACUGCCGCCAUUUACCUGUCCCGAGCCAAUGUCGAGCCCACCCUCUACGAAGGCUUCAUGGCCAACGGCAUCGCAGCCGGCGGCCAGCUGACCACCACCACCGACAUCGAGAACUUCCCCGGCUUUCCCGAUGGCAUUAUGGGAGGCGAGCUCAUGGACGCCAUGAGGAAGCAGUCCGAGCGCUUUGGCACAAAGAUCAUCAGCGAGACCAUCGCCAAGCUGGACCUCUCCAAGCGACCCUUCAAGUUCUCUACCGAGUGGGACCCUGACACCGAGCACACCGCCGACGCGGUCAUCCUUGCCACCGGCGCGGUCGCCCGCCGCCUGAAUCUUCCUGGCGAGGACAAGUACUGGAACAACGGAGUCUCGGCCUGUGCUGUAUGCGACGGUGCUGCCCCCAUCUUCAGGAAGAAGCACCUGGUCGUGAUCGGUGGCGGAGACUCUGCCGCCGAAGAGGCCAUGUUCCUGGCCAGGUACGCCAGCCACGUGACCGUACUCGUUCGCAGGGACGUGCUCCGAGCCAGCAAUAUCAUGGCGAAGAGGCUCCAAAACCACAAGGACGUCACCAUCAAGUGGAACACUACCGGUGUGGAGAUCAAGGGCGACGACAAGGGUCUUAUGAGCCACCUGGUUGUCAAGAACGUCAAGACCGGCGAGGAGGAGACUCUGGAGGCCAGUGGCCUGUUCUAUGCCAUUGGUCACGACCCGGCCUCUGCUCUGGUCAAGGGCCAGAUCGACACUGAUGCGGAUGGCUACAUCAUCACAAAGUCGGGCUCUCCCUUGACCAACAUCCCUGGUGUUUACGCCGCGGGUGAUGUGCAGGAUAAGAGGUACAGACAGGCUAUUACCAGCGCAGGUUCCGGAUGCAUGGCGGCUCUUGAGGCAGAGAAGUUUCUCGCAGAUCUUGAGUCGGACGCGGUAGAAACACCUGCUCAGCCCAACGCCUAUGAGCUUCUCCCAAUUUUGAGUACCAUGUCUGACAAAGGCUACACCAUCAAGAGCUCCGGCACCAACAACGAGGGCAACCACUACUGUGCUCGAGACUACGGCUACGGCAGUGACGUCGCCAAUUCCAACACGUACCACUACUCGAACCGGUAG